CUGAGAUUAUUACUGGUAUACCCAAUGGCUGAGACGAAAGUGCGCUGGAAAAGUAAGGUUUCGAACAUAAUACAGAAGAAGAAUGUUUUGGAAGUUUUCAAUCCGUUGGAAAGAUCAGAUGAAGCGGAUGAGGAUGAAGAUGAUUUGGGGGCAGGUGAUACAGCGAUUGCCCGGAGAUUUUGUUUCGAAUCAAUGGAAGAGAGGAAAAUUCGUAAAAAACGACAGGGAGCAAUGCUGAGUCAGUUUGCUGAAGUAGAAGUUGAUAUAAACGAUAUAACAGACAAAGAUGACGACGACAUAGCAGCGUCAGUUGCAAAUAUGGUUACUGCAGUCUUGAAUUCUGUAUAUUUCAAAGGUAUCAUAUUUUUCGUCAUCAUUAUAAACGCCAUUCAUAUCGCACUGCAGACAGUGGAAUCGAUAUCAGUACCUUAUUCAUUUUUGUUCUAUCUCGUCGAUAACGUCAUUAUGGGUAUUUUUAUAUGUGAGAUUGUGCUGAAAUGGUACAGUGGAUUUGCAAUUUUCUGGAAAGAUUAUUGGAAUAUUUUGGACUUCGGAGUUAUUCUCGUAUUACAUCUUGGAAGCUGGUUAGCAUUCUUCAGCAAUACGCGUUUAUUAAGAAUACUUCGAGUUAUUCGUGCAUUCAGGAGCUUGAAAACAGUGACGUCAUUAACAGGACUUUCGCUAGUUGUCGAGACUAUAUUGCAGUCUAUACCAGACAUGGCAAACAUCAUGGUGCUUCUUCUAAUCUUCAUGAUUGUACUGAGUGUAGUUGGAGUCAAAUUGUUCGGUAAAUACGUUCCCAAAUACUUUGGAGAUCCGAUCAAGUGCAUGUUUUCUAUAUUUGUAUGUUUCACACAGGACGGCUGGAUGCAAAUUUUUCGAAAUUUCGAAAAAUAUAUGAUAGAAGAUCAAUUUACAUAUGGAUGUGCUUGUAUUUUCUUCAUUAUUACUAUAUUGACUGCUGCCUUUAUUAUUGCCAACUUGAUUGUUGCCGUUGUUACUACAAACUUGGAUAAAGCGAUGAAGGAAAUGAAAGAGGAACAGAAGACUCAAAACGAUCCACUCUCGUCACAGAAUGGAGGAGACAAACAAUCUUCAUCAGAAGGAAAGAAAGAUCAAAGUGAUGAAGCCAAGGAAACGACUAAAGAUUCCACACUUCCAGACGUUCCAAUAUUACACGUGGGAGAGGUUAUGCAAAGGGCAAAUACACAAACUGAUGCGGCAUACGGUAAAGACGUUCGAAUUCUUUCCCAACGUCCAUUAUAUAAAAGCGAUCUUUCACAUCUCACAACUGAAAAAUUAGAAAACUACUUGUUACUGCUCUUUGCCCUCGAAGAAAAUUUCACUCAAUAUAGAAUUUUAAGAAAAGAUUUGAGUGAAAUAAUCAGAAUUGUGAGAGGAUUGAACGAACAAACUGGUGAUGAAACAACUGCACGCUUACUUUUCGGAAAAAAGGUGAACAAUGCUUCAAAGUCUUCUGUUAACAACGACAAAGAAACAAGUUAACGAACUCUUUUAUUUUUAUAUAUUACGUGCAAGAAAAAAUACAUGCUUAUGAAACAUU